ACGAACUCGAGCACUAGCUACUUCCACCCCUGCGGAUCUGUGCGCAAAAUCGAGCCCAAAUAUGCGCCGAAAUAACGACAUUAAAUUCAUCAUUCACGCGCUGCCCCGUAAACGUGAAUUAUUUAGUUCAUCGUGUAAAAAUCCAAAGCAACAUUAGCACAAUAUUUCCUCUGUAUCCGUUUCGUGGUGAGCCUGCAGCAGUACCCCAGAAGUGAACAAAGCGACCCGGAAGCGGUGGUCCGACUGAAGGCAGGCAGAAAGAACAUCAAGCUUUUAUAUUAUAGCUGUACUCGCAAGACAAUAUCUGCAACCAGGACACAAGAUGGCAGAACCUCGAUUUAACAACCCAUAUUUCUGGCCGCCCCCUCCAUCCAUGCCAGGCCAGCUGGAUAACCUGGUGCUCAUUAACAAGAUCAAGGAGCAGCUGAUGGCCGAGAAGAUCCGACCCCUACACCUGCCACCUACCUCCAACCCUUCCCAGCAGACUUUGCUGGUGCCCACCUCCUCCCCAGACAUCAGUGCUCAGCACGGCAUGUCGGUGCCAAAGCCACAGCCGCAGCAGUUGUCGGGCCAUCACCCCCAGCCGCAGGGCUCCGGACAGCCGGACAUCGCUCUGCAUGCACGCCCUGCCUCCAGCUCUGGACCAGAUGGGAGUAUGGAUGACAAGUCAGCGGUGAAGGCCAAAGGACUGUGGGAGGACUGGCACAUGAGACAGCUUAGCGAGCAAACUGGACGAAUCAACCAUCGAUCAGUUUUCCUCUCCACAGGUCUGGCCCCUUCCUCCCGACCUGACAACCACGGCACCUCAGAGGCUCUGACCCCCACAACCCCAACCUCCAGCAGCCACAACCGCCUGGGCGGCGCCCCCUCUGUGAACAUCAUCUCCGGGUUGGCAAGUGGUCCUGGCAUGGACCACAUGAAAGCUGGAGGCCUGGCUGGACUGUUAGGCCCCCCACCCAAAGCACCGCGGGGACGGAAGAAGAUCAAAGCAGAAAACCCGUCUGGUCCUCUGCUGGUGGUGCCCUACCCCAUCCUAGCUGACCAAGGCUGUGUUACUAUUGCACCCAAAGAGGGCAAAACCUACAGAUGCAAAGUGUGCCCGCUCACCUUCCUAACCAAGUCAGAGAUGCAGAUCCACUCAAAGUCCCACACGGAGGCCAAACCCCACAAGUGUCCCCACUGCUCCAAGACGUUCGCCAACGCCUCCUACCUGUCCCAGCACCUGCGCAUCCACCUGGGAAUCAAACCCUAUCAUUGCUCCUACUGCGAGAACUCGUUCCGUCAGCUGUCACACCUGCAGCAGCACACCAGAAUUCACACUGGCGAUCGGCCUUAUAAAUGUGCUCACCCCGGAUGUGAAAAAGCUUUUACCCAGCUGUCUAACCUCCAGUCUCACCAGAGGCAGCACAAUAAAGACAAGCCGUAUAAAUGUCCUAACUGCUACCGUGCCUACUCAGACUCCGCGUCAUUGCAGAUCCACUUGUCAGCGCACGCCAUCAAAAACGCUAAGGCCUACUGCUGUAGCAUGUGUGGCCGGGCAUACACCUCAGAGACCUACCUUAUGAAGCACAUGUCCAAACACACGGUGGUGGAGCACCUAGUGAGCCACCAGUCGCCUCAGAGGACCGAGUCCCCCAACAUCCCCAUCCGUAUCUCCCUCAUCUGAGCUCCUCACCCGCUUGGCAGCAGGUUGGAUUCAGAGUCUACCUUAAGCUGGAGCUUAUGAGGCCCUGCACCCACAGCCAUCUACAUAAGGCUUACAUUAGCAUUAUGACAGCUGACAUAAGCAUUCAGUAAACAGGCUGCCUCCAUCCAUCUCGACACAGGCCGUCUGUCAAAAAUGAGCACAGCGUUAUUUUGUGAAUGUAAAAAAACAGCUAGAUGUUGUCCGGAGGAUUGACUGGCAAAGAAUGUCUUGCGUCAGAUUAAAUAAGCACUUUCGUAAGCGUCAUGUAAACUGCCGGAUGCAUUGGCCAUUAGAAAUGUUUUAGUUAGGGUUUUUUUUCUUCCUCUCUUCCAUGAAAUGGUUUCCUAAAAUGUGCCAGAUGAUAUUUGCCCUUAAAAAAAGAAUUUGAGAAAGUAGAAGAAAAAAAAAAACAGUUUGCUGGGUGUAUUCUGGAGACAUCCAAAGAUAAUCUUUAAGCACUUUUAGGCCUUGUGGUUCUGGCUCAAAUUGUUUCAAUCUUGUUGAAUGGAAAAUGCCAAAGGGCAUUACUCGUGGCAGCUAAGAGUACUGACUUUGUGCUGAUAACAGUCUAUUUCUGUUACUUUCUUUGUUUCUACUCACAUCUACAGGGUCAUCUGAAAUUGAAGCAAGGCAAUCGGUAGAUGACAAUUAAAACGUUUAAUGAUUGUAUUACAAAGUUGUAUUACUGACUUUGGGAGACAAAAAUAGAGCAAAAUCUGUAAGGGAAAAAGAUGAAUGUUUGGGGUUUUUUUAACUUCCAAAAUCUUUCACUCCACAUUUGAUGUUCACUUUUAUGGCACCUUGAUGAUCAUAAGGUAUGAUCAGAGAAACACUGCUUUAGACAUUAUGUUUUCCUCACGUCCUAUGUACUAGUGCCAUAUAUGAACCUUGCUGAGGUUUUAAGAGGAAGCUAAUCUUGUUAUAGUGUGUGUUUGCUUUUUUUUACCCAGUUAAGCUUUGACUCGUGUUAGAGGUGGAAAAAUUGCACAUGUAACAGUGCCAGCUGUGCUCGAAUAAGGCCUAAUUUUGAAAGACACUUGAAGUAAAAAGACAUUUUACUGGAGUGCUCAUUUUUAACAUUUGACAUUGGAUAAACAUUGGACCAAAAUGUGAAGUCACUGUACAGCUACUCUGACCCAGUUAAGUGUUUUUUGUUUAUCUAAAUAAGCUUUACCCAUUUGGAAUAAACUGCAGUAUAAGUCAUAUUCCAUAUGUCUGUAUUAUGAGUUGAUGUGGAGGUGACUCCUCUCCUUUUCUUUCUGUCUCUCAUUAGUUUUCUUUUUAUUGUACGCAGUAUUUUUUGUUGUAUUUUUACUGUAACUUUAACCUCUGGAUGGUACUAAUAGGGUACCCUGUGUUCUUCAGGGCACUUCAGAAAGGUGCUACAGCUUGAGUUGGAGAUGGAACUGAGAAUAAUGUAAGAUACAUAUACAGUAUAUAGUAUGUUUUCAAAAGAUUAAAAACUUAUUACUCAAGCCACUGGCCUGAAAACAUUUACGCCAACAACAGACCCUGCCUCUUCAACCUACUCCCUCUUUUGAGAUAACGGGAAAGUGUACAUGUUGCUGUACUGUAAAACAUGUUACUCAUUUAAAGUUCCUAUUUUUCAGUCUUCAUAAACAUGAUCUGUUUGGGUUUUGUAAAAGUUUAUGUAUGAACUUUCUGUAAUUAUUUUAGUCUACUUGUAUGUUAUUAAUAUUCAUGUUUUAUAUCAGUUCUUUACAUGUAAGCCUUAACUGUUUUAUCAUCCCAUUUCCAUUACUCUGUAUUGUGUUCUGCAGUAUUCAGUCGUGUAAACAUUUUUAUUUUUAUCCUUCCGCAUGGAGUUCCUGAGCUGUAAUCUGUAUGAUAACUGUUUAACCCAUGUUCUCUAUGAAAUGAUAUUGCGUAGAUUUAUUACACUUUUUCCUGUCUUGCAUUGUGGUUUCAUAUACGGUUUCUAGACGACUAAAUAUGCACAGCCAAGACUGAGAAGUUAAACUAAGGUUAUCAAUGUUUAAAAAAGGAAAAAAAGCUUUGUAUCUUUACCUUGUUUAAUAAACAGACUGUUAUAAACUCA